ACAGGAGAUAAGAGACAGAAUGGGCGAUAUCGAACAGUUCUUUCGGGAUUCGCAUUAUAACAUCAUUCGAAUACUAUUAAGUAUCAGUGGCCUAUGGCCUUUUCAUACGCAAUACAGGCGCUACGCGAUAUAUCUCGCUAUGUUACUGAUACUUGGAUCUGGAUUUAUAUUCGAGAUGUUGGGUGUAAUUGAAAUCAAGCAUGACUCCUUCGAAGUGAUUGAUGCCCUACCGUUGCUUUGUUUCGCGAUAGUGACUAUAAGUAAAACGUUUUGCGCGGUAUAUACAUUACCACAGAUAAAAGUGCUUCUUAUAAAGAUGCAAGAGUACUGUCUUUCCCCAAAAUCGGAUGAGGAAACUAAGAUACAGAUUUCGCACGCGCAAUAUGGGCAAAAGUUAGGCUACACUUAUACGGGUUUAAUACUAGGUCACAGCAUUAUUUAUAUACUUUCGACAUUACUGACAAGAUUUUUCUAUACGGAAUCCAAGGAGAUUAAUGAGACGUCAAGUAAAGUGCAAAUAGGACUCCCUCAUCGCGUUAAUUAUAUGGUUGAUUUAGACACGUACUACGUUCCAAUUUUUAUACACAGCGCCAUAUGCGAUUUUUCUUACACAGUCUUACUAGUUAUAUUUGAUGUUCUAUACCUAACACUGGUCGAAUACUGCUGCGGUUUGUUCGCGGCUUUGAGAUACCGGUUAGAAACCGCGUUAGUCUUCGAAAACGACAGAUUGACGAUGACAACUACAAAAAAUAUAUCUUAUGCGAAUAUCGCGUAUAGUAUUCGCAGACACACGGAAACGAUGCAAUUUGUUGCCAUCAUAGAGUCAAUAUACAGCAUACCUCUCUGUAUACAUAUUGGACUAACUGUACUUAUUUUAAGUGUCCAGGGAUAUCAGGUGAUAAAUAACACGGAAGAUAUUAAUCGUCUUUUAAAACUCAGUGCUUAUCUAAACGGAGUUUUAAUUAACGUUUUCUUCCAAAAUUGGCAGGGUCAGAAAAUCAUAGAUUCCAGUGAGAAAGUGUUUGAAUCCGCAUAUAAUUCAGAGUGGUAUAGUAUGCCGAUAGCAGCGAGAAAGCUUCUUAUAAUGAUAAUGAUGAGAUGUGAGAAACCAUCAAUACUAAGAAUAGGUGAAAUCGUUGUAUUGUCAUAUGUAACUUUCAAUACGGUGUUGCGUACAUCAUCGUCAUACUUUAUGCUACUACGGUCUUUGUAAUGAAAAUUUAGAACGUAACUAAGAAUGUCUACGUUUAUGUAGAUAUUAUCUCAUUACAUGCUAGUAACAGACAAAAAUGAGAUCUUGUAAGAUCGCACGUUUAUGAGCUAAC